UUCUGAUAACCAACAAUCAUAGAUGUCACUAGACGUCAUAUUGGUGCUUGUGGAGGAUCGUAGAGAUCGUAGACUGAUGUACAUUUCUUUGAAAUAAUGUAAAAUUGAAUAGCAGACUUGUAUAUUAGAUCGCUCGCUGUGCUCGUUCCGCUCGUUGUCCGUAGCGAAGAUAUUUCUAGUCGAGACAAGAGUCAUCUAGACAAGAUGAUGUCCGAUCGGAAAGCCGAGCUAGAAAGGAAGAAGGCGAAGCUCCAAGCUAUUAGAGAAGAGAAGGAGAGACGCAGGAGGGAGAAAGAACAGAAAGAUGUAGAAGAAGCUACCGUUCGUGCCGCUGGCACGGACAAGGAUCAGCGCAAGGAGAUAGACGCGAUGCUAUCUUCUUUGGGUGUGGCACCAGUAUCGGACGUGCUCUCUAGUUUAUCCAGUAUGAGCUCGCUGACGCCUGAACAGAGCGCUAAUGCUACACCAGACGCCAGCUUACAACCGUCUAGUAUAAAUUCUGCUCAAAGCAGCGCAGGACGACGGAAGAAUCGCGAACUUACGAUUGUCUCCGUGGCUCACACGAACAUUCCACCAAAAGAACCGGUCGUCUACAGCAAGCAAACGCAAACCAUUCAGACCACCCAUACAUCCCACGACGGACUGUCCACAUCGUCCUCUGCAUACACCAUCUACUCCUCCUGUUCAACAACAACACCAACUCACUCUUGCUCCGCAGGCUACUUUGAGACUGACUGGUGGCGUCCCAGGAAAGGUGGGUCUGCACCAAACUACCUAUCUCAUGCAUUCGACUAUUACGACGAGUACAAUCUAAAUCCUGGUUUAGAAUGGGAGGACGAAUUUACAGUUUUGACAUUUGAUGAUGGCCAAGCCGAAGACGAGGAAAAUAGCUUGCCGCACAUGGACGGUUUCCAGAGUAAGCUUCCACCGGGAAUUCUGUCUCACGGAUUACCGCAAGUUAAGGAAGUCCAGCCUGCCGUUACACAGAUAGAACAAGAGAAGGAGAAAGAGAAGCCUAAGAAAGAAGUGCGAGAGCUUAGCGAAGAAGAGAAGCAAAUGAUUAUCCUAUCGGAGGACUUCCAACGAUUUCUCGAUCGCACCAGUAGAAUCGUGGAGAGAGCGUUAGGCGAAUCGGUUGACAUCUACACCGAUUAUGCUGGCACUAUGGACGGCGAAGAUGGAAUGGAUGAGAAGAGCCAUCAACGGCUCUGGCUGAAUCGCUCGUUCAUCUGUGAGCGAUGGUCUCGUAAUCGUUGUGUGACUUCCAUGGAUUGGUCUCCACAGUUCCCCGAGCUUUUAGCGGCCUCGUACAACAACAACGACGACACACCGAACGAUCCUGACGGCGUGUGCCUGAUCUGGAACACGAAAUUCAAGAAAACAACCCCAGAGUUUAUCUUUCACUGUCAGUCGCCCGUUAUGUCCACGACGUUCGCCAGAUUCCAUCCGAACUUGAUCCUGGGCGGCACCUACUCCGGUCAAAUCGUGCUCUGGGACAAUCGAGUGCAAAAGAGGACUCCCAUACAACGUACCCCAUUGUCCGCCACUGCGCACACCCAUCCGGUGUACUGCUUGAGCGUUGUCGGGACACAGAAUGCGCACAAUCUGAUCAGCAUUUCGACAGACGGCAAAUUAUGCUCGUGGAGUCUGGACAUGCUGUCACAGCCGCAAGAGGCACUGGAAUUACACACGAAGCAAUCGAAAGCGAUUGCCGCCACGUGCUUGGCUUUCCCGCACGGUGACGUUAACAAUUUCGUCAUGGGAAGCGAGGACGGCACCGUUUACUCAGCCUGCCGACACGGUAGCCGCGCCGGAUUGACUGAAACGUACGAAGGUCAUCAGGGGCCGGUCACUGGCAUUAGCGCGCACGCGGUGCAGGGCGGGAUAGACUUCUCGCAUCUAUUUCUGACGUCCUCUCUUGACUGGACCAUCAAACUCUGGAGCCUGAAGGAGAACAAACCGCUCUACUCUUUCGAGCAUAACGGCGAUUAUGUCUACGAUGUCGCCUGGUCCCCGACGCACCCGGCGCUGUUCGCCGCUGUUGACGAUUCCGGUAGGCUGGAUUUGUGGAAUUUGAAUCAGGACACGGAGGUACCCACCGCCAGCGUUGUCGUCGACGGAUGCCCCGCUUUGAACAGGGUAUCGUGGACGCCAAGCGGACUGCACGUGACUGUCGGUGACGAUACUGGUAAAAUAUGGGUCUACGAUGUUGCCGAGCAUCUAGCUCAUCCAAGAAUUGACGAAUGGAACAAGUUCCUGUACACGCAACAGGAUCUGAAGAACAACAAAGCGGAUGAAGAAUUGGAUAAACUUAAUCUUAGUUCCGGUCCGUCUUCGUUAACAUCUAUGACAUCUAUUUCGUCAGUGCCUCUGAGAUAAAAAUUGAGAUAAUUUAA